CAUCACCAACGUACUCACAAUCACACACACAGUCUCUCUCUCUCAGUGAUUACAAUUCACAAAUUCAAAAGGAUCCAAACAUUUCUCUCCAAAGCUUGCAUUAACACUCUUAGUUUUAUACCCGUCGAUCCAGCUUGUAAUUUACCUCUCCUUUUCACCAUCUGAAUGCCCUCUGAUCCUUCUGUCUUGUUGCAUAAUCACCAUGUAUAUAUAAAAGGACAUUGCUCGAUCAAUGUCACCUUCCCACUACUACUCUCAGUUUUCAACAACGUAAGAGAACUCUAAUCAUGGAUGUUCAAUCCCGAAAAGCUACUCAAACCAGCCCGGACAGGUCCAAGCUCUCCAUGCAACACCACCGCCAACAGCCGCCUAGGCUUAAACCCCUCACAAAAGUUAAAGUCAUUUAUUAUCUCACCAGAAAUGGCCACCUCGAACACCCCCAUUACUUGGAAGUUUCCCACUUGGCCACUCAGCCCCUUAGCCUAAAAGAUGUAAUGGAAAGACUGGUUGCUCUCAGAGGCAAGGGCAUGCCUUCACUGUAUUCUUGGUCAUGCAAAAGGAGCUACAAGAAUGGCUAUGUGUGGAAUGAUUUAGCAGAAAAUGAUAUAAUUUUUCCGGCUGAAGGAGCUGAAUAUGUGCUCAAAGGCUCUGAACUUCUUCAAGGCCGCUCUGGGAAAUUGCCGCAGUUGAAUGUGAGUAGCAGGCAGCUGAUUAGGCAAGAGCCCAAGGAACCAUUCAAAACGACGCCAUUUGAAGAUCAUGAUUACGAAGACGAGUUUGAGGAAGACGAAGAGAAAACAAGCCACACAAGCUCAACAACUUCUCAUUCUCGCUGUUCCAGAGGCGUCUCAACAGACGAACUGGACGAACCCGAACUGCAGAAAUCCCAUCCCAUCGAGUCGGCAACCGCGUUGACUCACUCGCCGCCGUCACUAUCUUCCAUCUUGUCUCAAGAAAAACCAGCCAACAAAAGCAAGAACACAUCUAGAAGGUUUGAAGAUGGUGACCCAGUUUCUACCGAGUCAGCCCCGAGUCGUAACUCGGUCCUCCUCCAACUCAUUUCCUGCGGAAACCUAGCCGUCCCCAAAGCGAAGAGCAACAAUAACAAUGUCGUCAGAAGGAGCAGCAGCGAUUUACACCGGGGGGUACUUUUCAAGAGGGCAGUAAAAGUUACUGAAGAAGGAGAUAAAGGCAUCAUAAGCUUAAUGUCUGAGAAUCCGAGGUUUGGGAAUUUGCAGGCUGAAGAGAAGGAGUAUUUUAGUGGGAGCAUUGUUGAGUCAGUGAGUAAGGACCGAGUUGAGACUCAGCCUGUUCUUAAGAAAUCAAAUUCGUAUAAUGAAGAAAGGAGCUCCAAGGGAGCAACAGUUGAGGAAGAUGAAAAAGAGAGAAGAAACAGUUAUGGGGUGAAAGGGAAGUACAUUCCUUACAAGAAAUCUUCACCAUCAGAAGAAAAUCGUCAGAAAAUGAAUUUUAAUUACAAAAUUUCUUCAUAGUGUAGCUGUUGGUGCUCUCAUAAUUAGGGUUAAGCUACUGAAUAUGAUUAAUUAAAAACUUGAUUAAUUGCUGUUUUACAAUCAUGAUUAAGGAGAACUGUUUGUGUGACGGAUUGUUAUAAAAGUAUGUGGUUUAUUCA